UCCAUCGUCCUGUUUCUUUCUCCCUCACGGCCUCUCUGGAAUCCAAAGCUCCAAACUGACCCCCCCACAAAAUCUCUCCUGCUCCUAGGUGUCACCGCCGUGCCCUAGAGCUGCCGCCGUGCCGUGCCGAGAGGCCACCGCCGACGCCUCAGCCCCCACACCCCUGCUCCUCUCACGCGCGUCGCCGCCACCGCCGUUCCCGUUCUACCUCACGGCCCUGGCGUCUCCACUCCCGCACGCCGUUCGUCAUGCUGGACAUUGGUUUUUAAGCUUGGCGUGACUGUCCACAUCUGGCUUGCGGAGAAGAGGAAUGGAGCACAUGGAAAAUGAGAGCCACGAGGGGAAAAAGCAAGAUGAAGAGGGGCAUCAUAACAAUGAGGUGGUCCGUCUUGAAGAAUACAAGAAGCUUAUUGACGUAAAGACGGCUCUCCGCCAGAGUAACCUAAACCCUGAGAGGCCUGAUGCAAGUCACCUGAGAACUCUUGAUUCCAGUAUUAAGCGCAACACAGCAGUUAUCAAGAAGCUCAAAGCGAUAAACGAUGAACAAAAGGAUGGCUUAAUGGAAGAAUUGAAAAGUGUGAAUCUAAGCAAAUUUGUCAGUGAAGCAGUUUCUUACAUUUGUGAGGCCAAACUUCGUUCUGCUGAUAUACAAGCUGCUGUUCAGAUUUGCUCGCUGCUUCAUCAAAGGUACAAGGACUUCUCUCCUUGCCUUAUUCAAGGACUGCUGAAAGCCUUCUUUCCAGGGAAAGCUGGAGAUGAUAUAGAUCCAGAUAAAAACUCAAGGGCCAUGAAGAAAAGAAGCACACUGAAGCUUCUUAUGGAAUUGUAUUUUGUUGGAAUUGUUGAAGAUGCUAGUACUUUCAUAAACAUUAUAAAGGAUCUGACGUCGGUGGAGCAUUUGAAGGACCGUGAAACAACUCAGACAAAUUUGACUCUCCUUGCUAGUUUUGCUCGCCAAGGAAAGCAUUUUCUUGGAUUACAAAAACAUGGGCAAGAAGCUUAUGAUGAGUUUUUUAUGGGCCUCAAUAUUACCGAUGAUCUGAAGACGUUCUUUAAGAAAUCCUUGAGCUCUUACUAUGAUGCCGCAGUUGCAAUUCUCAUGUCAGAACAUGCGUCUCUUCGUGCAAUGGAGUCUGAAAAUGCAAAGAUUUUAAAUGUCAAAGGGGAACUAAGUGAUGAGAAUACUGCCUUGUAUGAGAAGCUUCGGAAAUCUUUCGAUCAGUUAUUGCGCUGCGUUUCAUCCUUAGCUGAAGCUCUUGAUAUGCAACCUCCUGUUAUGCCAGAUGAUGGACAUACAACAAGGGUAACUACGGCGUCAGAGUUAUCCCCUUCUGGGAAACAUUUUUCUGCAGUAGAACCUAUCUGGGAUGAUGAAGACACAAAGGCAUUUUAUGAGUCUUUGCCUGAUCUCAGAGUAUUCGUGCCUGGUGUACUAUUGGGAGAAGCUGAACCAAAGUUGGUAGAUCAACAUGGAAAGGUUCACGAACAAACUGGUGAGCAUAAAUUGGAACAAGGAACUGAAGUUCAAAACAAUGCUGAAGCUUCUGUCCCUGAGCACCAGUUGGAAGGAAAAACAAAUGUUGGAUCCAAGAAUAGAGAAAAAAAAGAUAAAACAGGCAAAGAAAUUUCUAAAGAAAAAGAGGCUGAUCAAAAAGGAGAUAUUGAAAGAGAAAAAGUAAGAGUCAAAGAUGGCGCAAGUUUGGACAACCUGCUUCAGAGGCUGCCAAGAUGUGUGAGCCGAGAUCUAAUUGACCAAUUGACGGUAGAGUUUUGCUAUCUGAAUUCUAAAGCAAACAGGAAGAAACUUGCACGAGCUUUAUUCAAUGUUCCAAGGACUUCGUUGGAACUGUUACCUUUCUAUUCCCGUUUAGUUGCCACUUUGUCCACAUGCAUGAAGGAUCUCCCAAGUAUGCUCUUGUCAAUGCUUGAAGAAGAGUUUAACUUUUUGAUGAACAAGAAGGAUCAGAUCAAAAUCGAAACAAAAAUUAGAAAUAUUAGAUUUAUUGGGGAAUUGUGCAAAUUCAAUAUUGCUCCAUCAGGCCUUGUUUUUAGUUGUUUGAAGGCUUGCCUAGAUGAUUUUAGCCAUCAUAACAUUGAUGUGGCCUGCAAUCUUCUUGAGACCUGCGGGCGCUUUCUUUAUCUCUCACAAGGAACUACAGUUCGCAUGUCAAACAUGCUGGAAAUACUGAGGAGGUUGAAAAAUGUGAAGAAUUUGGAUCCACACCACAGCACACUUGUAGAGAACGCCUAUUACUUAUGCAAACCACCAGAAAGAUCUGCCAGAGUCUCUAAAGUCCGGCCACCUCUGCAUCAGUACAUAAGGAAGCUGCUUUUCUCAGAUCUUGAUAAAACAAGUGUUCAGCAUGUUCUUCGUCAGUUACGCAAGUUACCUUGGGCUGAGUGCGAGGAGUACCUGGUGAAAUGUUUUCUCAAAGUUCACAAGGGAAAAUAUAGCCAAGUUCAUCUGAUUGCUCUUCUAACUGCUGGUCUUAGUCACUAUCAUGAUGAUUUUCAUGUGGCUGUGGUAGAUGAGGUUCUAGAAGAGAUUAGAGUUGGACUUGAGCUGAAUGACUAUGCAAUGCAACAGCGACAACUUGCCCACAUGCGAUUCCUUGGGGAGCUAUAUAACUACGAGCAUAUUGAUUCAUCAGUUAUAUUUGACACAUUGUACCUUAUUACUGUAUUUGGUCACGGAACACUGGAACAAGAUCUGCUUGAUCCCCCAGAAGAUUUCUUCAGGAUAAGGAUGAUUGUUACACUUCUCCAGACGUGUGGUCACUAUUUUGAUAGAGGCUCUUCAAAAAGAAAGCUUGACAGAUUUUUGCUACAUUUUCAAAGAUAUAUUCUGAACAAAGGGCCAUUGCCACUUGAUGUUGAGUUUGAUGUGCAGGACAUGUUUGCUGAGCUACGGCCUAACAUGACUAGGUAUUCAUCUCCAGAACUGUUGGCUUCUGCUCUGGCUGAGCUUGAAGAAAAUGAGAAGACGAAACAAUCCGAAAGUGCUGCUUCUGAUGCCAGCUGCAAGAGCUCAGCAAACAGGCCUGACAAAAAUGGCAGGGGCCACGGAGAAGUAGCAGACAGUGAAAGCUAUUCAGGUAGCAGAAGCAUCUAUCACGAUGGAAGUGAAGAUGGAGAUUCUCUGUACGAAGAAAACUCAGAUGACAGGUCAGGGAAUGGAGUCGUUGAUGACGAUGAUGCCAUGCCUUCUGGUUCUGAUGAAGAAGAAAGGGUCCAGGUUAGACAUAAGGUGGUGCAAGUUGACCCUAAGGAGCAAGAAGACUUUGAUCGGGAGCUGAGGGCCCUUCUACAGGAAAGCUUGGAGUCGCGUAAGUUGGAGCCACGGGUGAAAUCCACUUUGAAUAUGACUGUACCGAUGAAAAUCGUUGAGGGGUCAAAGGACUCGAGAGCCACUGAAAGAGAGAGUGGAGAAGAGCUUACAGCUGAGGAAAAUGGUAAUGCUGGGGGCGGUAGUGAGGUCAAGGUGUGCGUCAGGGUGCUUGUGAAGAAAGGGCACAAGCAGCAGACAAGGCAAAUGCUCAUUCCUGGGGACUGCUCACUCGUUCAGAGCACAAAGCAGCAAGAGGCGGCUCUGCUAGAGGAGAAGCAAAACAUCAAGCAGAAAAUCCUUGAAUACAACGAGAGGGAGGAGGAAGAAUUCAAUGCAUCAGCAUUCCAAACCGGGUUCUGGGGUCAAGGAGGAAGCAGCGCAGGCGGCAGUAUCGGCUCGGCCGGGCGUGGUUCCUGGGACGGUUCAAACAGAGGCGGCCGCGGCCGGCAGCGGUACUACAUCGCUGGCGGGAUCUACCAUGGCUAUGGCAGGGGAAGGUGACCCGCUGCCUUCCGGUGCUAAAAUCACGGUCUAAUUCACCGGAAACCCAAAUGACGAAUGGCAUAACGUAAUUUUGGAAGUGGCCUAGGUGCUGUACUCCGGUGGGCUGGCUAAUAGCCCCCAUGUUUACAGUCACGUGUAAGUGGGUUUCGUCUCCGGUAACAGGUUUAGAAGGGCACGGUUUUCCUUUUGAACUGGGUGAGGCGGUUUCUCUUGUACAUAAGAUGUUCUGGCUCAUUACCCCAGCCCCAGAUGAAGAAUAGCUUCCUUAGUCCGCAAAAGGUCUGCAUCUGCAAACGGUAGAACCUUUAUCGGUGCAUUUUUACUCGCUUGAGCUGUUCCCGUCCUCGGUGCCUCAUGAUUUAAAGGCCGGACCACAGCCUUCCCCCC